UUCAAAAUAAAAUUUCUCAAAUCCAAUCCAAUCCAAUCCUGUCAGGGUUGUUGUCUAAACCCCUAACUUUUUUCUCAUCAAUUUAGCAGAUUUUUUCCUAUUAAUGGCUGCUGAACCAUUACUUCAAACACACCCUAUAACUGAAUCAGCUCCAUCGUCUCCGAUCAAUUUCUCUUCCUCCGAUUCCGAUUCCGAUGAUGACUUUUUCGCUCCGACUUCCUGGUCUUCCAAUAACUUGCAGAAGAAGAAAUUCCGCCGAUCCAGAACUGCUCCUGCCAUGGUUUCCGUGAAUGAUCUCUUUGAAUCACACCCUAAUGAAGAAUCUGACCACUUCGAACCUACUUCUCUAGUCAGACAGGCUGCUUUUUUGCUUGUUAUUUACCUCUCUCUAGGUGUAGUCGUCUAUUCUUUCAACCGUGACCAUUUCUCUGGAGUUGAAACCCACCCUGUUGUUGACGCUCUUUACUUUUGCAUCGUCACUAUGUGUACCAUUGGCUAUGGCGAUAUUGCUCCAACUACUCCUUUAACAAAACUAUUUGCUUGUAUAUUUGUGCUUGUGGGUUUUGGUUUCAUCGACAUUUUGUUGAGUGGGGUUGUCAAUUACGUACUUGAUUUGCAGGAGAAUUUUAUAUUGACCGGCAGCCGAUUACAAGGGCAGCGGCAAUUAGCUAGCAAUGACCAUAGGCGUAGCGGAUUAUCCGCCUGUAUGGAUUGCAUUGUCGAUGUAGCAAAGGGCAGAAUGAGAAUUAGAUUGAAGGUGGGUUUGGCUCUAGGAGUUGUGCUUUUGUGUAUAGGAUUGGGUUCAAUGGUGUUGUAUUUUCAGGAGGAUUUGGAUUGGGUUGAUUCGGUUUACUUAUCGGUAAUGUCUGUUACCACUGUUGGAUAUGGUGACAGGGCUUUCAAAACUCUGCCGGGAAGGUUGUUUGCUUCAAUUUGGCUUUUACUUUCAACCCUUGCGGUGGCGCGAGCUUUCUUGUAUUUGGCAGAGGCAAGGAUUGACAAGAGACACAGGAGAAUUACCAACUGGGUGUUGCAGCGUGAAAUCACCAUUGAAGAUCUGCUUGCUGCUGAUAUUAACAAUAAUGGUUUCAUUAAGAAAUCAGAAUAUGUCAUUUACAAGCUCAAGGAGAUGGGAAAGAUCAAUGAGAAAGAUGUAAUGCAGAUAUGCAAUCAGUUCAACAAGCUUGACGAAAACAACUCUGGGAAGAUAACAUUACCCAGCCUCUUGCAGAGUCAUUUAUAGCCGAAAUUCUUUCACUACCGUGUACUUAAUCUGCUAAUUUUCGAGAAAAAAGGUUAGUAUCUCAUGUGUAUGACUUUAAAGUUAUAUAUUGCGUAUAUAUGUUCUUGUAUGUCAAGUGUUGUCGCCCAAUGUGAACAUUGACAUAUAGUGGUAUAAGUUUACCUGGAGAGAAGAUGUGUAAGCCAUGAGAGGGAACUCUGGUGAGGAAGAAAACUACAAUGAAAACAAAGGAGUAGUUGUUAGAGUCAUUUGAUUUUCUGGUGAAACUCCCAUCAAUUAUUUGGUACAGUAACUACAGAUGGGCGGUGAAGCACCAACAAUGGGUAAUAUCAGAAGCAAAGAGGGGUGUGAUAAGGCUAGUCCUCCUCGAGCCUACUCCCGUCUUUUGAAUUAAGCUUCUGAGUAAGUUGGUAUAGACGCGAAAGAAUCAGCUCACACUAGACUACAGUUAAGAGUUUGUUAGAAAGAGAAAACAUGAAGAAAGAAAAAAAAAAUUAUAUCUGUAAAAAAAAAAUUGUGAAAUUUGUUGGAGGUUGUAUAUAUAUUCUGUAAAGAUUUUAUUGUAUUAUUUGAAUGUGGAUAUUGGAUUUAUUUGGUAUAUCUAUGUAAUAAAUCCCCUUCUAUAUUUCAGCACUUAA